AUGCUAGUCAUCAAGUCACGGUGUCGCUCAUUGUCAGUCUGAUAAACUCAAAAUGGCGUUGAGGUUAAGCUUAAUUAAUAGUGUUAGCAAUUAUAAUUGCUUUGCCAUUGCAGGACGUUUAUUAAGUUCAAAUCGAAUUCAGCGUCUCCGGCAUGUCGACAAAGUCAUUCUGACAGACGAUUUAACAACAUUUGUGGCAUGGCAUCCGAAAAAAGAUUUUUCUUUCGAAUUUUCUCGGCCAUUGCCCGAUGAAAAUGUAGAUAAUAAUUUAUCGUUGAAAUGCACGUUAACUAAAAAUACAUUUAAGAACCUCCAUCCAGAAAUAACAAGACAAGAACUUGUGAGAAUAACCCACACAAGUAAGCACAUCUGGUACCCGAGAUCAAGAGACAAAAGAGCUAAAAAUACACCUAUGGAUAGAAAAUAUUUAUAAUUCUAAUGUAUAAUU